AUGCCUGGAGCCUCGUGGACGACUCACGAACAGACUGUUUGGUUGAAGUCUAAGAUGGAUGGCUUCCGCUUGAGUCAGCUGCAGGGUUCUGUCUCCGCAUACUUGAACCAGUUGUGCUUAGAAUGGUUUGUGAAAUGGCCAGAAGUUGGCAUCCAUUUCAAAGAUAGCACAACUGGGAUACCUCUUACCGAGGCUGAAUUAACAAGUGAUCAAAUAAAAGAAUUAGGUAAACUCGUUAAGCAGCGCAAGGGACAACUGCGCUCUUACUGUUAUCGAGGAGCGUCUUCUGCUGGUAGGGCACGCCACACCCAGUUCACCAAGACCAUCACCAAGUUGAUGGCAACUUCGACUGCUCGGACACGUGGACCUACCGCUGUGGAACAUUUCUUACAAACGGACUACAAGGAAGACUCCUCGAUCAAAGAAGAAGUUGCGGCCCAAGUGGAGAAUGAAGCCAGCAAGGUGAUGGCAGCCCGCGGCGAAGCCUAUGUGAUGCAGAUGGAGGAGCAGGCGAAGGCCGAAUGUCGGCAUCGUGCUGAAAGGGCAAAAUGUGAACUUGAGGGGUUGCGGAAUCCCUCAGACUCUCUCAAACUUCAAUAUAUUGAAGGUUUGGGUGGGGUAGCCGGGCAACUACUAGAGACGAUAUUUGAGACAACUGGUUGGCACGGGAGCAUAUACCUAGGUGGCCCGGAUCCACGUGCAAAUGGGGACGUUCGUGUUUUCAGUUUUCACCAUGGGAAGGGGAGCACUGGGUUCACCUUCCGCGACUCACUUCCCGACCACACCAAACGGAUUGUUGAACCAUUCACCAUGUUUCUGAAGGGCGCAUUUGCUACUAGUGCUACAUCUGCACCACCUGAAGUAUUGGAGCACAUCGACGUUUUCAGUGGGGUCGACACGUUCGAUCCCACUCCUCUUACGUUCGAUCCCACUCCUCUUACGUUCGAUCCCACUCCUCUUACAUUCGAUCCCAUCCCUCCAACAACUUCUGACUCUGUGCCCAUCGUGGAAGGUGGAGGUGUAUCCAUACACCCCGCUGAAAACGAGCUUCGUACAAUGAUUCACCCAACUUCCCAUGGCCCGCAUGAGUAUACAUUCCCCAACAGUUCCUUCGAUUCUGGGUUCUACGAGUCUCUCAACCCUUACCUUAGUUUACCUGAGCCUGAACCUGACACGGAGUCCGGCCUUCCAAUACUCCCUCCCUUCCUUUCUCAGAAUAGCCCAGACACGCCCAUCACUGCAUGGAAGAAGGACUUAGAUGCUGGUAGGAUUACCAGCUUUUCUCCACCUCGUCUUAGCGCCACCUUUGCGCGUGUGGCUUCACAUAGUCCUUCUGGCCGUGGCAAGACAAUACCCCGCGCGCGUCCUGUCACUUUGGGUAAAGCUAAGGCCCCUUCUAUCUAUGAUCACCUCUGUGAUUCAACAUCAACGUCUCCCCGUGCACCUCCGGCAGUCCCAGUAUCGACGGUUCCUAUGGUUCCGGCUGUGCCUGUGCCUGCAACUCGCGGGUCUGCAUCUCCCACCCCACCUCCGUCUGCUUCUGCUACUCUUACAGCUAACACAUCUGCACCUCCUGCCACACCUGCAGCGUCUCCAUUCGCUUCUGCUGCUCCUGCAACUCACGGGUCUGCAACUCCUGCCACACCUGCAGCAGAUGUGCCUCCGUUUGCCUAUCCUCCUACCUCACCUACAGCAGUCGCGCCUGUAGCAGAUGUAUCUCCGUCUGCUUCUCCUCCUACAACCACAAUUGAUUUGGUGCCGAAGGCCCCCGUGUCUAACAUGUCCACGAGCAUCGAAAUGUGCCCUGCCAGCACCACUGUGGACCAGACGACGGAGGAGGUGCAACCAUUUGAUGAUGUACUCAAUCAGUCGUUCCGUCGCGGCAGUCGAAUGCGCCUCCCAUCAACCCAUCUGACGGAUGCUAACAAGAUUGGCGGCACUUCAAAGAGCGUCUUUUUGCAGAUCUCGCAAGUCCGUCGCGUGAAGAAGGCCACUGGUCAAAUGUCACGGCUUGUUUUGGAAUGCGUCAAUCUAAAGAACCAAGGAACAGAAAACCGAAGGGGCUGGGGAUCCUCGCUAAGUAUCAAAAACUGUCCUGUUACUAUCCCUGGAUUAUCUGCCAUCCAACAUGACCUUGCUCUGCAAGGCCAGACGAGCGGAUCAGAAGGCAUGAGAGGCCAGGAUUCAAGUGGUAUUGUUAAAAUCGGAAGCCCGAGUAUGGUGUCAACAAAGAAAGGGAAACCAAUACUCGCUGAGUACUGA